UCUUUAAAGGACAUCAGGCAUGAAGCCAGUGACUUUCCAUGUAAAGUGGCCAAACAUCCCAGAAACAAGAACAGGAAUAGGUACCGAGAUGUCAGCCCCUUUGAUCACAGUCGAAUUAAGCUAAACACAGGUGACAAUGACUACAUCAAUGCAAGUUUGAUAAAAAUGGAAGAGGCCCAAAGGAGCUACAUCCUCACCCAGGGUCCUUUGCCAAAUACUUGUGGUCACUUCUGGGAGAUGGUUUGGGAACAGAAGAGCCGUGGUGUUGUCAUGUUGAACAGAGUGAUGGAAAAGGGAUCAAUAAAAUGUGCACAGUACUGGCCACAGAAGGAAGAGAAAGAAAUGUUUUUUGAAGAUACAAACUUGAAACUAACCUUGAUAUCGGAAGAUAUAAAAUCAUAUUACACAGUACGACAGCUAGAAUUGGAAAACCUUACGACACACGGAACAAGAGAGAUUCUGCACUUUCACUAUACUACGUGGCCUGACUUUGGAGUUCCAGAGUCACCUGCUUCAUUCCUCAAUUUCCUGUUCAAAGUGAGAGAGUCUGGGUCUCUCAGCCCCGAGCACGGACCUGUUGUUGUGCACUGCAGUGCAGGAAUCGGGAGGUCGGGGACUUUUUGCUUGGUCGAUACGUGUCUGUUGCUGAUGGACAAAAGAAAAGAUCCUUCUUCAGUGGACGUUAAGCAGGUUCUUCUGGAGAUGCGGAAGUACCGAAUGGGCCUCAUCCAGACAGCAGAUCAGCUUCGCUUCUCUUACUUAGCUGUUAUCGAAGGGGCAAAAUUCAUCAUGGGAGACGCUUCGGUGCAAGAGCAGUGGAAGGAGCUCUCCAACGAGGACCUGGAGCCGCCGCCGGAGCACUCUCUGCCCUUAAGCAUUAGUCAAGACACUGAAAUCCGGAGGAGAACUGUUGGUGAAAGCCUGCACCUCUCGCCCCACAAAGAAGAGUCAGCGAAGUCGGACAACGCGGAAGAGGACGAUGAGAACAUGAUGACGACCUGGAAGCCCUUCCUGGUGAACAUCUGCAUGUUCACCUUCCUCACGGCGGGCGCUUAUCUCUGCUACCGGGUGUGUUUCCAUUGAUGGACAUGCCAGCACGGCCGAGCCUGCGGGAACCACCACCGUGUGAGGGGUUUGUAAUAAGCUUCUACGAAAGAAAGCUCCCUGAGGCACGGGAGCCUUGUCUCAGUGAUGUAGAUGUUAGGUUGAAACGCUGGAACUUUGGUUAGGGCUUCAAGAGAGAGUUGAUGCACUAGGGUUUAAUCUAGCCCUGUGGUCCCAAGAACAUAAUAUUCUAAACUCAGGGCCUUAAAAUAUUCAGGAGUAAGCAGAAAAAAUGCCAAAUAGUCUUGUUUUUCUUUUGUUAUUUUUUCUUUUGAUUUUUUAAACUAAAUAAUAGAAUUACAACACAUUGUUGUUUUUAGCCUUUUUUAAAAAGCCAGUUCUUUUUCUUUUGUGUUUCAGAAAACUAGGCACAAGUGAAACUUGCUUGUACUCUCCAAGUGUUGUAACCAAAUACAUGACUUAAACUGAUGAGUUCCCAAAAACAAAGAAUGAGAAACCCACAUAUCUGAAGAAUGUAAAUGUUUUGGAAGGGGAGGGCUUUUUUUUUUUUUUUUUUCCUUCAUCUGUUACAGACUGAGUUGUGGGCAGUGCCUGUGGUAUUGAUAUAUUUAAUCUUGGCAUAACUGUUCUUAAAGAGCUUAUUGUUUUACAUGUGUUUAUAGAAACAGGCUUCUGCAUUUGCUCAGGGUAUCCCAACAGGUCACGCUUCUUUUUUUUUUUUAAUGUAUCUCCUCAUUGACUUUUGUUGCACUCUACUUGCACAUAGGCCUAUUCACAUUGUCCCAUCCUCUGUAAAGCUGUAUUUACCUUC